ACCACCGUCUUGUCCGACAACGCUGUCCUCUCCUCCAACAUCCUUCGCACAUAUGGCCCUUCCCCGCUCACACUACGACCCUCGUAGGGUUUGUAUCAACCCCUUCCCCGGGAUCAGUCUUGGGAAGCACAGGAGGACCAUUGGAAUAUAUCUCGCCGGCGGCCUCUUUGCGCUGGCCAACUGGACGUUUCUCGAUGCGGCAGUCCUCUCCGCACACGCACACCCUCCGUACACCGAGCCGCAGAUCCCGCCCCCGGUUCACGUCACCUUUGUCGACUGGCUGCCCGGCAUCUGCUCCCUUCUUGGCAUGAUAGUCAUCAACCUCAUUGACAAGGAUCGCGUGCAGGGACAUGAGGACUUUGGCGACGCGCGUGCGGUGUGGCGGGCCAGGUUGUUCUUGUUCAUUGGCUUUGCGCUCAUGGCGGGCGGCCUUGCGGGCAGUGUGACCGUCCUUGUGCUCAAGUACAUCCUGCAUCACUACACAGAGCAGUAUACCUACUACGGCUACGCCAACGUCUCCCAAAACGUUGCCCUCAUGCUCUCUGCCAUCGUCCUCUGGAUCUCACAAAGCGUCAGCACCGAGUACGAGUACACCUUGUCUAUCUAGUAUGUUAUCAAUGUUAUCAAUUGUACUUGCUAUAACCUAUCGCCUCGGACAAGAACAAUGUAUGUUUCUUUUGUACGGAUUGGCUCUCGUAUGCUUUUGC